AUGCCGUCCUCCACCAUGCAGAUGCUCGCCUUCAUCCUGGCGCUCCUCGGCGUGCUGGGCGCCACGGUAGCCACGCUGCUACCCAACUGGAAGGUGAGCGCCGAUGUGGGCUCCAACAUUAUGACGGCAAUCUCGCAGAUGCAAGGGCUGUGGAUGGACUGCACCUGGUACAGCACGGGCGUGUUCAGCUGCACCUUCAAGUACUCCGUGCUGGCACUGCCCGCCUACCUGCAGACUGCCCGCACCACCAUGGUGCUUGCCUGCAUGACUGCGACGCUCGGACUCUGCCUGGCUGCCCUGGGGCUUAAAUGCACACACUGGGGAGGCAGUCAUCGGUCCAAAGGACACACAGCGAUUGCAGCUGGGGCUUGCUUCGUCAUCGCUGGGGUCCUGUGCCUCGUGCCUGCAUCCUGGUUCACCAAUGAGGUCAUCACUACUUUCCUGGAUGCCAGAGUGCCCCAGAGCAGCAAAUACGAGCCAGGAGGAGCCGUGUAUGUGGCAUUCAUAUCAGCGGGGUUCUUCCUGGCUGGAGGUGUGAUCUUCUGCCUGUCGUGUCCCAGAAGAAGUCAUGGUCCACUGGACUCCGGCUCAUCCCACCCCGACAAGCCGCUCAGGCAACAGCCGCAGCCGCAGCAGGAGCGGACGACGGACGACCGGCACAAGAAGGAACGUCGCGAGCAACACAGCCAGACGGAGUCACCAGACCAGGAGCAGCAGCACAAAGAGAAGCCGUACGACAAGGAGCUUCAGGCGGACGGACAACAGCUGGAGCAGCCCGUGACCGAAAAAAAGCCCCAUCUAGAGCCGGGGGGUCAGUAUCGCUCACCAUACCGCUCCCCAUCCCGGAACCGACCUCAGGACAUAAAGGCUGUCUACAGCCUACAGGACUAUGUUUAAAACCCAGAACUGGCUCAGGGAAUGAGGCUUCGGAGGACAUUGCACUGCAGAGGGCACGCUGCCUCCCUUUGUGAAGGAUACAAAGAGGUGGAGGGAAUAAAAAAUGCGGAUGGUGGCGCGGGUGGAGUGAUAACGCCAUAGAAGUUAUCUCCUUCUCUCAUCGGCUCUUCCGUGAGUUGUAAGCGAAAGCGCAGGAGGCAUUUCCAGAGCCUUGGAUGAGACAAGCCAAGAAUUGCAUAUCCUCAGGCAAACUCGUUGCUGCAACAAGCCUUAAAAGAGGACAGGGAGAUGGCAUUACACUUGAAAUUCAAGAACGCAGCAUGUAUGAAAAGUUCCCAAGAACACUGAAUUUUGUUCACUACGGAGCUGGUACUCACCAAAGGUUUGAACCAAAGUCUGAACGUAGUAGCUAGUUGAAAUCAUUCGGUUGCCAGACAUUUAGCAAGCAAAAUUAAAGAAGCAAAGCAGUUCUAUCAAGUUUUUGCAAAUUUAAGCAAAACCUCUAGUUCAAUCGAAUAUCAUUUAGUGUAUGUUUUCUGUGCAUAGCUUCUUAAUAAUUCAAAAGAAUGCUUGGCUAAAAUAUAUAAACACUCACUAUCUAAGGGUGUUUUACACCAUUUAUAGAUGUCUAGGACAAAAUAAAAUCUGGAAAAAAUGUUCAUGUAGACAACACAGGGCGUCCAGUUCGCAUUUUCCAAAGAGUCAAGUAAUAGGGAGACGUACAGAUCAUCUGAGGCAAUGAUGCUCUCCGCUUUCCCAUUAGGCUUGCUCCGCAUGGGCACACACUGCUCAUUUAUUGCAAGCUAACACAGAUACGUGUAUAAGUGAGAGCACCAAACACACACACACACACACACACACAGACACACACACACAUACACACAAUGGCUUUCUAUCCUUACUUUACACUCUUGCUGCAAGGGGUAAUAGGGUCUUGCACCCAAUCAUCUUUCCCAUGUGUGACCGCCUGUCACUGGUGCAGCAAGCACAGCACAGGCUGUUCUGAAGCCUGCGGGACCUUGUUGUAGCGGGACAUGGCUGUGUCGGGACAUGGCCAUAGCCCAUUCUCUCGUACAGAGCAGGACAGAUAAGACCCGGGUCCGCAGAGAUUCCGGGCUGGUGAACGGGCCACUGAUGGAUGCUGACAGAUUCAUCAAAACCAUUUUGUGGCAAUUGCCAUUAAACGUGGGACAUGCAGAGUAAGAACGUACGUUUAAACAUCACC